AUGCCUCUCCCUCUGAUUCACUACCUGUACCCCUCCGAUGAGAACGGCGAGCCUAGCUGGGCACUGGUGACUGGUGCCACCGAUGGAAUCGGUCGCGCUCUGUGUGUCGAGCUGAGCGCCCGAGGCUUCAACGUGGUGCUGCAUGGCCGUAACCAUAGUAAGCUCGAACGCGUGCGGGAUGAGCUGCAGGCCAUGCACCCGCAGCGCCAGUUUCGGACAGUAACGGCCGAUGCGGCUUCAUUUACCCAGGCGAAUAUCGAGCAAAUCGUACGCCAGGUCGCGAAUGUGCCGCUUACAGUCCUCAUCAACAACGUUGGGGGCACCGGGGUGCUCUCGUCCAACUUCAUGCAUUUCGAGGACACGACUCCUGCCGAAAUCGCCGGGGUGUUCUCGGUCAACGUGCUGUUCGCCCUGCAGUUGACGCGCGCCCUACUGCCACAACUCCAGCAACAAGCUCCGACGCUCAUCAUGACCUGCGGCAGCCAGGCGUACGUAGGCCAACCAUAUGUCGCCGCCUAUUCGGCUACCAAGGGCGCGCUUCACGCUUGGUCACGCGCGUUGUCCGCUGAGCAGCAUGCGGCUGGCUCGCAGGUCGAUGUCCUUGAGCUAGUGAUUGGUGGAACCUAUACGCAGGUAUUUGAGGGUGACAGCAACUUCAAACCCGGGCUGUUCAUGCCCACACCAGAUAUUGUGGCUCGCGCAGCGCUCGACAGAGUUGGCCUGGGACACCGCUCCGUCUAUGCGUACUUUUGGCAUCGCGUACAGACGUUUUGCCUUGAACUUCUGCCAACCACCGUGGCGGAUAGCCUAGUAGCGGAUAUACUAAAACCGAGCGUCAAGGCAAAAGCAAAAUAG